AUGCGUAGCCAUGAUGGCCCAAGACUUUCUUGGGCUGACGUGCUCAGAGGCAGGUUGGUUUUCCGAGUGAUGUUCGAUUUCGGCAAUUUGGACGACAUCGAUGAGAAUGCUGCGACCCCAGAAUGGAUGAAAUGGCGAGGAGUGCCACAGUGGCAGCGAGCCGCUGACGAGUGUGAGUGCAUCCUGGAAGAUCGAGAGGAAACCUUUGCAGCACCCGACAUGCCACAGGAAGACUUUGCCUUUCUGCCGGUGGAGGUUCCACCUCUACCUUCGACGGCCUUUGAUCCACUGGCCCUGACAGAUGAGACGGCAGAUGCGGUUGAGGGCAAUCUGUCAGCGCUCAACGGGCAGGUCAUCGUGAAUUUCGCCACCAGUGCAGUUGAAGAGUUCAUGAUCGCCAAGCGGGAACGAGAAGAGUACAAGGCCUACAUCGACCACUUGCAUCAGCAGCGCUUACAAUACCUCGACACGAAGAAGAAGGAUAAGUUGGAGAAGCGUGGUCUCAACGCCAAGGAAAAAAAUGACGCGCCGGCUUUGGACCGCAAACCCUUCGCAUGGAGAGAGCUGCGCAGUGUCCUUACUUCGAGUGUAAACCCGAUGCCAAAGGAUGGCUGGAUGGCCGAGACUGUGCUUACGGCAUCUCGAAAGAUGACUCGUUCAUUAGUACCGGUGGCCACAGGUGCCAUGCUGCCGCCUUCCAUGCUGAUGCACAUGUUGGUGAGUUUGGGCUCGCAGGUGCGACCUGAGCCUCCAGGACGCUGGGGACGGAAUGCUGCGAAACACGUUGCGAUAAGCGAUGUCUUUUUCCCCACUGGGAUGGUCCUCAGCGAUGCAGCUGACAUCAUUGGUGGAAAGAAGGAGGCUCCAACGUUGGUCCAUUUGGUUGCGAUGUCAGUGAACAAGGAGAAUGGAGACCUGGAAGGCAACUUAGACAAGGAUUGCGAGCUUUCUGGUGCUCACAAGAUGAUCAAGAUGAUGAUGGCAAUGAUUAGGGUGGUGACGAGGGACAUGGUUUUUGCUGGUGUUCAGGAUUUGCAUGCGAGUAAGCUUGUGAAAGUUGCUUCUGAUCCAAAACUUCAGGAUGAUGAUCUGAAAGUAGCUGCGGUUGCUGCCUUGGGCAAGGUGGGUGGCGACAUCACCCAGGUGCCCUCUGUAGCUUCUUUGCUCUCGGACAAGUCCCCCUAUGUCCAAGGUGCUGCUUGCUUAACCCUAACCAGCCUGGGUCCAUUUGCAGAGGAACACGCUCAAAGUAUAGCGGAAAAGCUGCAGCAGGAUGAGACGCGAUUGGCAGCAGCGACUGCUUUGGCAAAGCUGCCAGCUGGUUCUGCCAAGCCAUUUGUGAAAGAUAUUGUGUCGAAGGCUCUCUGCGACGUGGAUCCCGAGACUCGGGAGGCGGCUCUGGAGGUCUUGUCCAAGGCGGAUGUGGAUUAUGUCCUGGCAGAAUGCGCAGGACUCCUGACAGAAAUGCUGAAGCAUGAACAUCCUGGCGUUCGUGCAUGUGUGGCUCUCUGUUUUUCACGCUUCGGCGAAAAGGCGGUUGCAGCUGCUGGAGAGAUUGCGAAGCUGUUGGAAGACUCGGAAGAGGAUUUGGCUUGGCUCCCGCUGCAUUUGGGCGGUGCGCGUGGCCGAGAGCCGCCGGAACGAAGGAAGCCCCGCUGUGCUGCGGUGCUGGCUUUGGGCGCCAUGCGCGCAGAGGAGCUGAAUGACCAGGGGAGCACGCUGCAGCAGUUCAAGAGCUGCUUGAUGAUGGUGACUGGGAAGUGCGCUCGUGCACAUUGGAAGCACUCGCAGGUCGGCUACAGCACGUCUGAUGCAGACCUGAUUGAAAGGAUCGCUGCUUUGUUGGAUGACGACACCUAUGCAGUCCGCGCAAAAGCUUGUUUCCUGUUGGGCAAAGUCAAUGCCACGAACCAAGCAGAUCGCUUGUCGGAGAUGCUAACGGAUAAAUCACAGGCAGGGGACCUGGCAGAGUCCUGA